AGUGGACACUGGCUGGCAGCAGACACUGUUUGCUAGGUGGAGAGGACGCAGAAGCCCUUCCUGGUGACUGAGCCUCCGCGGCCACCAUGCCCUGGGCCGCCCCCACCCUGGGCUCCUGGCGGCUGCUCCACGGAAGCCUGAGGCCACGGUGGUCACCGCCUGCCAUGGACACGGAGGACGAGGAGAACAUGAACCCUGCAGCCAAGGCGAUGCCAGUUACUCUGUGUGGCACCGCAGGUCGCCGCCGUGCGGGCGAGGGGCUGGACGGCGGGGGCCGCAAGCGGGCGGCGGACGAGGGCUGCGGGCUGGGGCGGCCGCGAGCGAGGCGGAGACGCAGGGCCCCGGGCCCCCCGCUCCCCAAGAACGCGCUGAUGCGCCUGCACGAGGCGAGGCCCGGCCUGCAGUUCGCGCUGCGCGCCCAGAGCGGCCCGGUGCACGCGCCCCGCUUCGUCAUGGCCGUGGAGGUCAACGGGCAGGUGUUCGAGGGCGCGGGCCCCACCAAGAAGAAGGCCAAGCUGCAGGCGGCCGAGAGCGCCCUGCGCUCCUUCGUGCAGCUGCCGGACGCGGCCGGGGCGCCGCCCGCGCUGGGCCCCGCGGACUUCACCUCCGACCUGCCCGACCCGCCCGCGCUCUUCAACGGCUUCGAGGCGCCCGGCCCGGCCCCGGGGUCCCCGCCCCGCCCGCCCUCGGACCCCGGCCCGCCGCCCCCCGCGCCCGCCGCGCCGCCCGGCCGCAACCCCGUCAUGAUCCUCAACGAGCUGCGGCCCGGCCUCAAGUACGACUUCCUGUCGGAGAGCGGGGAGAGCCACGCCAAGAACUUCGUCAUGUCCGUGGUGGUGGACGGCCGGCUGUUCGAGGGCUCCGGCCGCAACAAGAAGCUGGCCAAGGCCCGGGCGGCGCAGUCCGCCCUCGCCGCCGUCUUCAACCUGCGUCUGGACCACACGCCCUCGCGCCUGCCCGUGGCCAGCGAAGGGCUGCAGCUGCACUCGCCCCAGGUGCUGGCUGACGCUGUGGCCCGUCUGGUUCUGGAGAAGUUCGGGGACCUGACGGAGAACUUCUCGUCUCCCCACGCGCGCAGGAAGGUCCUGGCGGGCAUCGUCAUGACCACAGGCACCGACGUGAAGGACGCGAGGGUGGUGAGCGUGUGCACAGGCACCAAGUGCAUCAACGGCGAGUACAUGAGCGACCGUGGGCUGGCGCUCAACGACUGUCACGCCGAGAUCAUUGCCCGGCGGGCACUGCUGCGCUUCCUCUACACCCAGCUCGAGCUGCUGCUCAGCAAGGAGGAACAGAGGCGGUCUUCCAUCUUCCAGCGCUCCGAGCGCGGCGGCUUCCGACUACGGGACUCGGUGCAGUUCCACCUCUACAUUAGCACGUCGCCUUGUGGGGACGCCCGCAUCUUCUCCCCCCAUGAGCCCAUCCUGGACGGCUCAGGGCCGCACCGCCCCCCCCCAGAGCCGGCCGACAGGCACCCCAACCGCAAGGCGCGCGGCCAGCUUCGGACCAAGAUCGAGUCCGGGGAGGGCACCAUCCCCGUGCGAGUGGGCGCAGGCGUCCAGACCUGGGACGGCGUCCUGCAGGGGGAGCGGCUGCUCACGAUGUCCUGCAGCGACAAGAUGGCGCGGUGGAACGUUCUGGGCGUGCAGGGCUCUCUGCUCAGCAUCUUCGUGGAGCCCAUCUACCUGUCCAGCAUCAUCCUGGGCAGCCUGUACCACGGGGACCACCUGUCCCGCGCCAUGUACCAGCGGAUCUCCAACAUCGAGGGUCUGCCGCCUCUCUACUCACUCAACAAGCCUCUGCUCAGCGGCAAGUGCCGGGCCCCGGACCCCAGGCCCCUCAGCGGCCCCCAGGACCCCCAGCGUCCCCCAGGACCCCCAGCAUUCCCCAGGACUCCCAGUGUCCUCCAGGGCCCCCAGGACCCCCAGUGUCCUCCAGGACCCCCAGUGUCCUCCAGGACCCCCAGGACCCCCAGUGUCCUCCAGGGCCCCCAGGACCCCCAGUGUCCUCCAGGACCCCCAGUGUCCUCCAGGACCCCCAGGACCCCCAGCAUCCCCCAGGACUCCCAGUGUCCCCCAGGAUCCCCAGCAUCCCCCAGGACCCCCAGCAUCCCCCAGGACCCCCAACAUCCCCCAGGACCCCCAGCAUCCCCCAGGACCCCCAGCAUCCCCCUGGACUCCCAGUGUCCCCCAGGACCCCCAGCAUCCCCCAGGACCCCCAGUGUCCUCCAGGACCCCCAGGACCCCCAGUGUCCUCCAGGACCCCCAGUGUCCUCCAGGACCCCCAGGACCCCCAGCAUCCCCCAGGACUCCCAGUGUCCUCCAGGACCCCCAGCAUCCCCCAGGACCCCCAGUGUCCCCCAGGACCCCCAGCAUCCCCCAGGACCCCCAGCAUCCCCCAGGACUCCCAGUGUCCUCCAGGACCCCCAGCAUCCCCCAGGACCCCCAUGUCCCCCAAUGGCUCCCAGGUCCCCCAGCGUCCCCAAAACACCCCAGUCUAACAUGCCUCAUGCACCCUGUUCUCCCAAGUCCAUGGGGGGACCAGCUGAGGUCCCAAGAGUGUGACUGUGGCAGCCGGGA